AUGCCAUCUGGAAUUUGCCGUCAAAACGCGUUUUUUGAGGAUGAUUUUCCCGUUGCAGAAGAGGAAGCACGAACCUUUCGAGAAUACCAUGAAAGGAUGUCCCGACAAGAAUCAAGACGAAGAGACACAGCCAAAUUAUUUUGCACGAGAAGUGUUGUUUUGGUUUUGCCUGAUUUAUCAAAUAUCGAUCAAUUUUUGGAAUUGGAAUUAUUAUCAUUUAAAAUGUUUCAUGA